UCACUCAUCCGAUACGUAACCGCGCCUUUUACACAGCAACCUCUCGAUCAUGGCGGCCAAGAUGCUGGCAUUGGCCUGUAUACGCAACGAUAGCCAUGGCGGUCUGUCUCCCAGGCCUCACUACCCUUCCAUGCCCAAAUACCCCAAGGGAAUCUCCUCUGUUGAAGACGAGAACAACGUGUCCAAGGCCGUGUUCUGCGUGAUGGGGAUGACGUGUUCUGCCUGCGCCGGUUCCGUCGAGAAGGCUGUAAAGCGGCUUCCCGGAAUACAAGAGGCCGCCGUCGAUGUCCUCAACAAUCGAGCACAAGUUCUGUUCUACCCGACUUUCGUUAACGAGGAGACGAUCCGUGAAACUAUUGAAGAUGCUGGAUUUGAAGCAACAUUGAUCAGUGAUAAUGCAAAUGAGAAAUCCGCUCAAGUAUGUAGAAUACGCAUAAAUGGAAUGACUUGCACCUCUUGCUCCUCAACUGUUGAGAGAGCUUUGCAAACUGUUAAUGGUGUACAGAAGGCUCAAGUGGCCUUAGCAACUGAAGAAGCAGAAGUUUAUUAUGAUCCGAAAAUUAUAAGCCACAAUCAGUUGCUGGAAGCUAUUGAAGAUACUGGAUUUGAAGCCAUACUUAUCAGUACCGGCGAAGAUGUGAACAAGAUUGAUCUUCAAGUGGAUGGUGUCCGUACAAAUCAUUCUAUGAGAAUGAUUGAAGAGUCUCUUGAAGCACUGCCAGGGAUUCAAAGCAUUGAAAUGAACCCUGAGGUUAAGAAAAUUUCUCUGUCUUACAAACCUGACAUGACAGGACCAAGAAACUUCAUUAGAGUAAUAGAGUCAACUGGUUCAGGGCGUUAUAAGGCAACUAUCUUUCCUGAAGGAGGUGGAGGAAGAGAAACUCAUAGACAGGAGGAGAUUAAGCAAUACAAGAGGUCCUUCCUGUGGAGUCUGGUUUUUACCAUUCCAGUCUUUCUAAUUGCUAUGAUUUUUAUGUACAUUCCGGGAAUCAAGGAUGGACUGGAAACUAAGGUAGUUAAUAUGCUGUCUGUUGGAGAGAUUAUAAGGUGGAUACUCUCAACACCAGUGCAGUUCAUUAUUGGUUGGCGAUUCUACACAGGCUCUUACAAAGCGCUACGCCAUGGUUCCGCCAAUAUGGAUGUUCUGAUUGCACUGGGAACAAAUGCAGCUUACUUCUAUUCAGCAUACUCGGUGUUGAGAGCUGCUACUUCUCCAGAUUUCAUGGGCACUGAUUUCUUCGAGACUAGUGCAAUGCUCAUAUCAUUUAUUUUACUUGGAAAAUAUCUAGAAGUUUUGGCAAAAGGAAAGACUUCUGAGGCCAUUGCUAAGCUUAUGAACUUGACACCAGAGACAGCAAUACUUCUAACUCUGGACAAUGAAGGAAAUGUGGUUUCUGAAGAAGAAAUUGAUAGUCGAUUGAUACAAAAGAACGAUGUAGUUAAAAUCCUUCCUGGUGCAAAAGUGGCUUCAGAUGGUUAUGUUUUGUGGGGGCAGAGCCAUGUGAAUGAAAGCAUGAUAACAGGAGAGGCACGGCCAGUGCCAAAAAGACAAGGUGAUCCAGUAAUUGGAGGAACUGUAAAUGAGAAUGGAGUAUUACAUAUUAAAGCAACAAAGGUUGGUUCUGAGAGUGCUCUUGCACAAAUUGUUCGUCUUGUUGAAUCAGCACAGAUGGCCAAAGCUCCAGUACAGAAAUUUGCAGAUCGAACUUCUAAAUAUUUUGUGCCUUUGGUAUUAUUUAUGUCAUUUUCAACUUGGCUUGCAUGGUUCUUAGCUGGAAAAUUACAUGGCUACCCAGAAUCAUGGAUACCAUCUUCAAUGGAUAGUUUUGAGUUAGCCCUCCAGUUUGGUAUCUCUGUGAUGGUUAUAGCCUGCCCAUGUGCUCUUGGACUGGCAACUCCAACCGCUGUAAUGGUUGGUACAGGAGUUGGUGCAUCUCAAGGAGUACUCAUUAAAGGAGGUCAAGCAUUAGAAAGUGCACAUAAGGUAAAUUGCAUUGUAUUUGACAAAACGGGGACUCUCACAGUUGGGAAGCCAGUGGUUGUUAACACCAAACUUCUGAAAAAUAUGGUACUUGGAGAAUUUUAUGAACUAGUAGCUGCAACUGAGGUAAACAGUGAGCACCCAUUAGCCAAGGCUAUUGUUGAGUAUGCCAAAAAAUUUAGAGAAGAUGAGGAGAACCCUGUCUGGCCAGAAGCACGGGAUUUUAUAUCUAUUACUGGCCAUGGAGUGAAGGCUAUUGUGGGCAACAAGGAGAUAAUAGUUGGAAACAAAAGCCUGAUGCUAGAAAAUGAUAUUGUUGUUCCAGUUGAUGCUGAAGAUAUGUUAACAGAAACUGAAGGAAUGGCACAAACUGGGAUUCUAGUAGCCAUAGACCGUGAAAUUACUGGAGUCUUGGCCAUAUCUGAUCCACUGAAGCCAACUGCUCGUGAAGUCAUUUCCAUUCUCAAAUCUAUGAAAGUUAGGAGCAUCAUGGUGACAGGUGAUAAUUGGGGGACUGCUAAUUCCAUUGCACAGGAAGUGGGAAUUGAAACUGUUAUUGCAGAAGCAAAACCUGAGCAGAAAGCAGAGAAAGUUAAAGAUCUACAGGAAUCAGGUCAUGUUGUGGCAAUGGUGGGAGAUGGAAUCAAUGACUCUCCAGCACUUGUAGCAGCAGAUGUUGGUAUGGCAAUAGGUGCUGGUACAGACAUUGCUAUAGAAGCAGCUGACAUUGUUCUGAUGAGAAGUAACUUGGAGGAUGUUAUAACAGCCAUAGACCUUUCCAGGAAAACGUUUUCCCGUAUCCGUCUGAACUAUGUUUGGGCAUUGGGUUAUAAUCUUCUUGGCAUUCCAAUAGCAGCUGGAGCUCUAUUCCCAUCUACCAGAUUCCGGUUACCACCAUGGAUUGCAGGUGCUGCAAUGGCAGCCUCUUCAGUAAGUGUAGUAUGCUGUUCUCUAUUGUUAAAGUAUUACAAAAGGCCUAAGAAGCUAAACAAUCUUGGGAUAUGGGGAAUUCAGGUCGAAUAAUUGUAUUUUUAAUUCUUGUGUAUAGGCUGAAUAAUUUGGUGCUACUGUAAUAAGCUGCUCUUGUUUCAUUUGAAGCCAAAUUGUUAGGCCAUGCAAAUGUAUCAAUUCUCCUGAAAACCAUUACUAGAUUCACCU